ACUAGCAAGUCAGCUACCAAUCAGCAACAAUCUCUCAAACUAUCUAACGAAGUACUAAACCCUAAACCCCGAAACCCAAGUACUAGUUAAAGAACUGAGUGGUAUGCAGUGUUUCAGACAGUGUAGUGCAUUGAGUUUUGAUUGGGAAGGAUGCAGUCUGGUUUCGUCUGGAGGAGUUUCCAAGGGUCUGAAAGCUUGGGGGUCCUCUCUAAGACUUCACGACUUUCAUUUCCAGCCGUGAAGGUUCUCACACAUAAUCUCCGAGUGUGCUGUUUUCGAACGAGAUAGUGGCGAUUCGUGAUGUUUAGUUUCACAUUAACUCCACAGAGACCCCGUUGUUUCUCAAAAUGCAUUGCUCUUGGUUGGCUCACGGUGCUCAUGCUGAGUUUGGAGUGAACCAGGACAUGAGCAUCGUGUCGAAUAAGAGAGACAAUCUUUGAGUUGUGGACAGAUAUAACCGGAUCUUUUUGCAAAUGAUUGGCUGAGUUUGGUUAUAUAUUGUC